AAGUGUCAAAGUUGUGUUGACAGUAGUAGUAGCAGCAGCAGCAGGAACUGUCAGGGCGAGGUAGCUAACAUCACGAGCCGAAUGGAGUAAUUAUCUCGUUAUAUUUCAAGAAAACCAAACCCCCACCACAUUCCUUAUAACACCGUAAACCUCCAACGAAGCCAUGGCAGAGGACUCGAGUGCUCAAACUUGGUCCAUCAACAAGGACGACUAUGUACUCAACGAGGUGAUUGGGAGUGGUGCCACGGCCGUGGUGCAGGCGGCCUACUGUGAGCCCAGGAAGGAGAGGGUGGCCAUUAAACGCAUCAACCUGGAGAAGUGUCAGACCAGCAUGGACGAGCUCCUGAAAGAGAUCCAGGCCAUGUCCCAGUGCCACCACCCCAACAUUGUGUCCUACUAUACGUCUUUCGUAGUGAAGGAUGAGCUGUGGCUGGUGAUGCGACUCCUCAGUGGUGGCUCAGUACUGGACAUCAUUAAACACAUCAUAUCUCGUGGGGAACAUAAGUCUGGGGUUCUGGAUGAGUCGUCCAUAGCCACCAUCCUCAAAGAGGUUCUAGAAGGACUGGAGUACCUGCAUAAGAACGGGCAGAUCCACAGGGAUCUAAAGGCCGGAAAUAUUCUUCUCGGUGACGAUGGCUCAGUGCAAAUCGCAGACUUUGGUGUGAGUGCCUUCUUAGCGGCUGGAGGAGACAUGACCAGGACCAAGGUCAGGAAGACGUUUGUUGGGACACCAUGUUGGAUGGCCCCAGAGGUCAUGGAGCAGGUCAGAGGUUAUGACUACAAAGCAGAUAUCUGGAGUUUUGGGAUCACAGCCAUAGAGCUGGCUACAGGAGCUGCACCAUAUCACAAAUAUCCACCCAUGAAGGUGUUGAUGCUGACCCUGCAGAAUGACCCUCCCUGCUUGGAGACGGGCAUCCAGGACAAGGAGAUGGUGAAGAAGUAUGGCAAGUCCUUCAGGAAGAUGAUCUCACUCUGUCUACAGAAAGAGCCUGAGAAAAGACCAACUGCUGCUGAGCUGCUGAAACACAAAUUCUUCACGAAAGCAAAGAAUAAUGAAUACUUGGAAGAGAAGCUGCUUCAGAAGGGUCCAUCGAUAGGAGACCGAUCCAAACGGGUGCGUCGCGUGCCUGGUUCCAGUGGUCGUCUCCAUAAGACCGAGGACGGGGAGUGGGAGUGGAGUGAUGACGAGUUGGACAUGGAGAGUGAAGAGGGCCAGGCUGCUGUGGCAGCUCUACGGUCUCCCAGAGUGAAAGAUGGCUGCAUCGAGAUUUUCCCUCCAGAGGAUGGAUCGCCCAGUCUGCUCCGUCCAGGAGGGGCAGGGCAGGACAAGGACAAGCCAGACGAGGCCACCCUGAUCCAGGGGGACGUUCCAGCCCAGGACCCCGCUGCCGCCUCCACCACCAAAGUCCCCAUCAGCCUGGUGUUGAGGUUGAGAAACUUGAAGAAAGAACUGAAUGACAUUCGUUUUGAGUUUAUGCCUGGAAGAGACUCAGCUGAUGGAGUUUCUCAGGAGUUAGUUUCAGCAGGACUGGUGGAUGGGAAAGACUUAGUGGUCGUUGCUGCCAAUUUGCAGAAGAUUGUUGAUGAUCCUCUCAACAAUAAAAAUGUCACUUUCAAACUGGCAUCUGGCAUAGAUGAGUCCGAGAUCCCUGAUGAUGUCAAGCUGAUGGGUUUCGCUCAGCUCAGCAUCAGUUAACUCAACGGUCUUUCAUCAAAGAACAACAACAACAACAGCAGUAUUGUGGAGCAGUGUAGUUCUAAUUUCCAAGAUGCCACUACUGCCAAGGAAGAAGAGCUGCGUUGGUCCACCUGUAGGGAGGGUUCUUUUCUUUACUGAACUCUGCUGUGUUAGUUAAAAUGGACGGGGCUAUGAGAACGGGACCAGCGCAACAGUAAAACAACAACAAGUUAGAACGGGAAAUCACAUUAUGAAAGAGUUUUAUAGCAGGACCGAUCCACAACGUGUAUCUGGGAGGGAGGACGACUUCGCAAUCAACGAUGUCAUCAUCGACUUAUAAUUUUUUUUUAUUAUUUUUUAAAAAUUAAUAAACAAACAACAAACCAUUUUCUUAGUUAGUGUUGUACAAUCCAAAAGCAUUAUAUAAUACAAUGUAACUCCUGCCAGUUCUGGGAGUGGUAACAACAACAUAAAUGCCUUUUUAUCGACCGUG